AUGUCCUCUCUCUUUUCUGUCUCACCUAAUAGUGAUAACCUGCUACGAAGAGCUGCAUGCCAAGAAGCCCAGGCUUUUGGUGACGAGCUGCUCCCUGCCAAUGUGCCACUGAAGAAAGCAACAGUGUUCCUCAACCCAGCAGCUUGCAAAGGCAAAGCUGGGAACCUUUUUGAAAAGAAUGCUGCACCAAUUUUGCACUUAUCUGGCUUGGAUGUAACUGUGGUUAAGACUGAUUAUGAGGGACAAGCAAAAAAGCUGCUGGAAUUAAUGGAAAACACGGAUCUGAUCAUUAUUGCAGGAGGAGAUGGCACAGUACAAGAGGUCAUAACCGGACUUCUCCGCAGAACAGAUGAGGCUGCCUUCAGUAAGAUUCCUAUAGGAUUCAUACCUCUUGGAAAGACCUGCACUCUAAGCCACACUCUGUACCCUGAGAGCACGAACAGAGUCCAACAUAUUACUAAUGCUACAUUGGCUAUUUUGAAGGGAGAGACAGUUCCACUUGAUGUGUUGCAGAUCAAGGGAGAAAAGGAACAGCCUGUGUUUGCAGUCUCUGGUUUAAGAUGGGGAUCUUACAGAGAUGCAGGAGUUAAAGUUAGCAAGUACUGGUACCUUGGGCCUCUGAAAGCCAAAGCAGCUCACUUUUUCAGUACAUUUAAGGAGUGGCCUCAGAAACAUCAAGCUGCUCUCAUGUAUGUGGGUCCAACUGAGAGACCUCCAGAAGAGCCAGAGGAGAAACCAUCCAGACCUCCUUUGUAUGUGAGGCUUUACAGACGACUGCGGUUAUACUGGUCACCUCCCAAAGAAUUCCCCCAGGAGGUGACCCCGGAGGACUGGGAGGAACUGAAGCUCUCCACCAUUGAGCUUUCCAUUGCAACCCGUAACAGGCAGCUUGACCUAACACGCACUGAAGACUUCAUGGACAUUUGCAUUGAAGCAGAUACUGUCAGCAAAGGACAGUUUGUUCACAGAGGAAGUCAAAAGAUGCGUGAUCCACAUAUGUGUCCUGAAGGGAGUCAGUGCAUCCAAGCCAGCAGAUGUAUCUUGCAACUUCCAGAGGGCACUGAGGGAUCCUUUGGCAUUGACAACGAGGAGUACGAAGCGAUGCCCGUGGAGGUGAAGCUAUUGCCCCGGAAACUUCGGUUCUUCUGUGACCCCAGAGUGAGAGAGCAGAUGCUCCAGGCAGCAGUACAAUGAGAAUUCAUGGCAAAGUGUUUACCACUCUUACCAGGGUCUCUUCAAGGUGCAUGAGACCUCACUAACUUCAUUAACCCCACCAGACUAAUAAGCCUUUUGGCCAUUUUUAUGCACAAUGUACUUCCAUUGGAAGUGGAUGAUUUGGCUGGUCUCAAAGGGGUUAAAAAUGCAAAUGAAAAUUCUGAGAAAUGCAUGUUGACUUGAUGGCAUCUUUUUCUUCCCCCCACUCUGAGAAGUCAUCAGUGUUCCAUUUACAGCACUGCAGGCUGAGUGCUGUGUGCCAGAUGCUACUGUUUGAAUGCAAUUGUAUAUUAAAGUAAAA